CUCCAGGCCAGCCGCCCGCGUUCUUCCGGCCAGCAGCCCGCGGCGGGGGAGGGGCAGCUGCCGCCCGCGUUCCCCGGCACCCGCGGCCGGCGGAAGGGCCGCGCGUCGCGGAAGCGCGGCCGCAGCUGAAGAUCAGCUGCUGGAGGAGGCGGAGGAGAGGGAGGAGCCUGGGGGGGGGGAAGGGAGGGAGGGGACCCUCAGGAAGCCGCGAACGCCACCGAGUGUCUGCACACCUCGCUCCGUCUGCCAUGGCUGGUUAAAGAACCAUCCGGAUCGCUGCGCGGGGGGAGGGUUGGGUGGGGGGAGAGCGGCGGCCGCGCGUGAGGCCGAGGGAGGGGCGGCGGCGCGAGCGGCGGCGGCGGCGGUUCCAGCAUGAAGAGGAGAGCUGGCCUGGGGGGCAGCAUGAGGUCAGUGGUGGGCUUCUUGUCCCAGCGGGGCUUGCAUGGGGACCCCCUGCUCACUCAGGACUUUCAGAGGAGACGCCUGCGAGGCUGCAGAAACCUCUACAAGAAGGACCUCCUCGGCCACUUCGGCUGUGUCAAUGCCAUUGAAUUCUCCAACAAUGGAGGCCAGUGGCUGGUCUCAGGAGGAGAUGACCGCCGGGUUCUGCUAUGGCACAUGGAACAAGCUAUCCACUCCAGAGUCAAGCCCAUACAGCUGAAAGGAGAGCACCAUUCCAACAUUUUUUGCCUGGCUUUCAACAGUGGGAACACCAAAGUAUUCUCUGGAGGAAAUGAUGAGCAAGUUAUCCUCCAUGAUGUCGAAAGCAGCGAGACCUUGGAUGUGUUUGCUCACGAAGAUGCAGUAUAUGGCUUGUCAGUGAGUCCGGUGAAUGACAACAUUUUUGCCAGCUCCUCAGAUGAUGGCCGGGUUCUCAUCUGGGACAUCCGGGAGUCUCCCCAUGGAGAGCCCUUCUGCCUGGCAAACUAUCCGUCAGCUUUUCACAGUGUCAUGUUUAACCCUGUGGAGCCCAGGUUAUUGGCCACAGCCAAUUCAAAGGAAGGAGUGGGACUCUGGGAUAUUCGAAAACCUCAGAGUUCUCUCCUGCGCUACGGUGGCAAUCUAUCCCUCCAGAGUGCCAUGAGCGUGCGAUUCAACAGCAACGGCACCCAGCUCCUGGCCCUGAGGCGUCGCCUGCCCCCUGUGCUCUAUGACAUCCACUCCCGCCUGCCUGUGUUCCAGUUUGACAAUCAGGGUUACUUCAACUCUUGCACCAUGAAAAGUUGCUGCUUUGCAGGGGAUCGCGAUCAGGUAGGUGCCCUCUGUCCCUGCAUCCUACAUUUGUGCUUUCCUCUCAGAUUGCUCCUUCUGUGCUG